ACAUUAUUCACAUUUUUCACGUUUGGGUUUUUUGUUGUCUGUUCUGAUCGAUGGAGAGAGGUGGUGUUGGCAGCGGUGGCGGCCGUGGCAGAGGUGGAGGUGGAGGUAGAGGUAGAGGAAGAGGAGCUGAUCAUCAUCAUAAUCAGCAGCAGCGGCAGCAGCAGUGGCAGUCAGGGAGAGGGUCAAGCCAGGGGAGGAGCCAGGGCCAUGUGGGUCCUAGCCAAAGUGGAUCCCAGAAGAGCCAUGUUGGUAGCGGCUAUCAUUCCGGUAGUGGUGGAGGAAUUGGGUCUUGGGGUUCUGGUAGUGGUUGGGGGCGGGGCGCUUCUUUUGCUCAAGUUGUGUCACAGAGGCCCCCUGUUUUUCCUCAACAGGCUCCUGAUCCUGUUGUUACUGAAAUGCAAUCAUUGACACUCUCACAGCAUGCGCCGCCUUCAUCUUCAUCGCCAGAAAAUAUAGGUAGACUUGUGCCUAUAAAACGAUCUGAUGUAGGCACUAAUGCUAUGCGAAAAGUCAGCCUCCGUGCCAAUCAUUUUCCCAUUAAUUUCAUGGCUGAGAAGAUGAUAUGGCACUAUGAUGUUGAUAUCAAGCUACAAAGACCACACGGGAAUGGCCGGCCUCCGAAGAAACCACAGUUUAACUUGUCCAUGAUACGAAACAAGUUAUCAUUGGAUGAUCCUAUAAACUUUCCCUUGGAAAUGACUGCCUAUGAUGGUAAGAAGAACCUUUUUAGUGUGGUAGAGCUGCCCACUGGUGAAUUUACUGUGAAACUGUUUGAGGUUUCAUAUGUUGUGUCUCUAAAGCUUGUGAAUGAACUCAAGUUUUCCAAGGAUUAUCUAAGUGGGACUGGGAAGGUAUUGUCAGUUCCUCGUGAUAUAUUGCAAGCAAUGGAUUUGGCAAUGAAGGAAAAUCCGAAAAGGUAUGCUACUCAGUUUUCCCAUCAAGGGGAUGAUCUUGGACGUGGCAUCAUAGCAUGCAGGGAACCAAGAUAUCGGUUGAAGCCUACUUCUCACUGUUUAGCCUUAGUCCUGGACUAUUCAGUAUUGCCAUUUACAAAGCCAAUUCCUGUUAUAGAUUUCUUGAAGCAGUACAUUUAUGGCUUUAACAUCAACGAGUUUCAUAGAUUUGCUGAUCAGGUCAAAGAAGCAUUAAAGGAAUUGAAAGUUUAUAGAACUUAUCUUCAAUCCAAACAAAGGAAUGUGAUUGCUGGAUUGGCUAAUAGUGCUCGACAGAUUUCGUUUACAAUCACAGAUUUGAAAGGCAAUGCUCCACCAAGGGAUGUUCUCCUUGUUGAUUACUUCCGUGAUAAAUACAACUUGGAAAUCAGGUACAAAGAUAUUCCCUGCUUAGAUUUGGGAAGAAACAAUUAUGUGCCGCUGGAGUUCUGUGUUAUAGCUGAAAGACAGAGAUAUCCAAAAGAGAAUCUGGAUAAAAAUGCAGAAAAGAAGUUGAGGGAAUUGUCACUGGCUCCAGCCAAAGUAAGAGAGAAGAUAAUAUGUGAGUUGGUUCGGGCCAAAGAUGGACCUUGUGGGGGAGGUAUUGCACAGAAUUUUGGAAUUGCAGUUGACAUGAAUAUGACCAAAGUGACAGGCCGUGUAAUCAGCCCACCUGAGUUGAAGGUUGGAGUUCCUGGGGGUAGGUGGACAAGGAUACAACUCAACAAUGAGAAAUGCGAUUGGAACCUUGUGCAGAAACAUGUGGUUGAAGGCAAACUAAUUGAGCGGUGGGCUGUGCUUGAUUUCACUUGUUCUGAAUUCAAUUGUCACCAAUUCAUCACAAAGCUCAAUGGUCGCUGUGAAACUCUUGGGAUACACAUGAAGGAACCUCUUUUAUAUCAGGCAGCUGCAAUGAGUCAAUUGAAUAAUGUCAACAAGAUCUCAGAGCUAUUGGAAGGCAUUAAGGAUAGGUCCUAUCACAAAGGGAAAGGACAUCUGCAAUUUAUUCUGUGUGUGAUGGCUACACAGCAUCCUGGUUACAAGUAUCUUAAGUGGAUCUCUGAGACCAGAGUUGGGAUUAUCACUCAGUGUUGUUUGUCCACAAACAAAAUGAACGAUCAGUAUCUUGCUCUCCUUGCUAUCAAUAUAAAUGCCAAGCUUGGAGGCAGCAAUGUUGAGCUCUUAAGACCACUUCCUGGCUUUGAAAGUAAAGGCCAUGUAAUGUUUGUGGGUGCUGAUGUCAAUCAUCCUGGCUCCAAGAACUCAACAAAUCCAUCAAUAGCAGCAGUGACAGCCUCUAUGAACUGGCCUGCCGCAAACCACUAUGCAGCACGAGUUCGCCCUCAAGAUCCUCGAACAGAGAAGAUUCAGGAUUUUAAGGAAAUGUGUUUGGAGCAUCUUGAAGCUUAUGUGAAGCUGAAUAAAGUCAGGCCAGACAAAAUUAUGAUAUUUCGGGAUGGUGUUAGUGAAGGCCAAUUUGAUAUGGUUCUUAAUGAGGAGCUAAGUGGACUCAAGGGAGCAUUUCGAUCAAUGAAUUAUUUCCCAACAAUCACACUUGUAGUGGCUCAGAAGCGACACCUAACUCGCUUCUUUCCAGAGACCAAGGAAGAUGGGAAUUCCAAAGGAAAUGUGCCUACAGGAACUGUUGUAGACACAAUAGUUGAUGAUUUUUCCAGGUUUAAUUUCUAUCUUUGCAGCCAUUUUGGUAGCAUUGGGACUAGCAAGCCAACGCAUUACCAAGUCCUCUGGGAUGAGCAUGGCUUUACUAGUGAUGGCAUACAGCAGCUUAUAUAUAGCAUGUGUUUUACUUCUGCUCAGUGCACCAAACCUAUCUCAUUGAUCCCACCAGUAUACUAUGCUGACUUGGCUGCAUAUAGAGGCCGACUUUACCAGGAAGCAUUGAUGGACUGGCAUUCUCGAGCUUCACCAGCAUCUUCGUCAUCUUCGUCAUCUCAAUCAAACACAGCUGCAUUUGACAAGGGUUUGUACAAGCUGUGUGCAAACCUAGAGAAUGCAAUGUUCUUCAUUUGAAAGGCCUCUUAGAACUGCUCAUAAACUCCUUUCCUAUCUGUGCUACUAAAGGGGUUUGUGCGUGAAUCUAAUUUGGUUUUGAGUCAUAAACUACAUGUGGUAUUUCACAUGUUCUUGCAUCCAUCAUGGUUGUAGAAGCCAUGGGAUGUAGAGGUGUUCUCUUUUUAGUUUACUUGUUUGCCUGCUUUAUCUAUGGAGUUUGUGUGCGAACCUGAUGAUGUAUAAAGGUUCAUGUAGUAUUUUCCGUGUAAGUAUCUCUUCUCCUGUUAGCUUGGCUCAGGGAGAGGGUACAAUGUCUCUGUUACAAUUAUAUGAAUAAAUGCAAAGCUUUCUG